CAAAAUUACGGGCUGUGGGUCUGGAGCGCGUCCGGCCUUGUACCGAGAGGAACUCGCAGGACCAGUCGUGGAUAGGGACUGAGGCAGCUAGUUAGACGGACACAUCGCGAGGGGCACAAGGAGGAGCAAAUUAGACAUCGGCUCGGGAACUUUUAGAAAGGGGAACGUCGGGGACGGGCAAGAGACGAGUGUGGCGGAAAAGUAUUGCAGACUAAGAGAUGGCGGAGCUGAACGAGGUUCUCAUGUCGGUGCUUUCCACGAUUCGGGUUCCGCGGCCCGGAGACCGGGUGCACAAAGACGAGUGCGCCUUCUCUUUCGCCAGCCCGGAGAGCGAAGGGGGCCUCUACGUGUGUAUGAACACCUUCCUGGGCUUCGGCAGCCAGUACGUGGACAGACACUACAGGAAGACCGGCCAGAAAGCCUACCUUCACAUCAAGCGCACGCGCAGAGUGCAGAAGGAGGAUGACAACAGCUCUGGGUCUGGUGACCCACCUAAGAAAAAGCCCACACGACUUGCUAUUGGAAUAGAGGGAGGCUUUGACGUUGAGCAGGAUCAGUAUGAUGAGGACGUGAAAGUUGUCCUCCUUCCUGACAGGCAGGAAGUGACCUCAGAAGACCUGGCCACCAUGCCUGAUGUAGUGAGAGAGCGGGUGUCCCUGUCAAUGGCUGGGUUGAUGGCUGCAGACUCCGUGUCCCACACCCUGCAGGUGCAACAGUGGGAUGGCGAGGUCAGGCAGGAGUCCAAGCAUGCCGCUGACCUCCAGCAGCUUGACAACGGGGUCAAAAUCCCUCCUAGCGGGUGGAAGUGCGAAGUGUGUGACCUACAGGAGAAUCUCUGGAUGAAUCUGACCGAUGGGAAAGUGCUGUGUGGACGGAGGUACUUUGAUGGUUCCGGGGGCAACAAUCAUGCUCUCCAGCACUUCCAACAAACUGGAUACCCUCUUGCUGUCAAACUUGGCACUAUUACCCCAGAUGGAGCAGAUGUGUACUCCUAUGAUGAAGAUGAUAUGGUCCUGGAUUCCAAGCUCCCUGAGCACCUUGCCCAUUUUGGCAUUGACAUGAUGACAAUGGAGAAGACGGAACGCACAAUGACAGAGCUGGAGAUCGCAGUGAACCAGCGUGUGGGAGAGUGGGAAGUGAUCCAGGAGUCAGGGACCACUCUGCGACCCCUGUGGGGCCCAGGCCUCACAGGUAUGAAGAACUUGGGCAACAGCUGCUACCUCAACUCCGUCAUGCAAGUGCUCUUCACUGUGCCGGACUUUCAGCGCAAGUACGUCUCCAACAUAGAAAAGAUUUUCGAAGAUGCUCCCAGUGACCCUACCCAGGACUUUAAAACACAAGUAGCAAAACUGGGCUAUGGCUUAUUGUCAGGUGAAUAUUCUAAACCUGCACCUGAUCCUGGAGAUGACCCCAGUUCAACUCCUGAACCCAGGGGGGACCAAGUAGGGAUUGCACCGCGCAUGUUCAAAGCUCUUAUUGGACGUGGGCACCCAGAGUUCUCCACUAAUCGACAACAAGAUGCUCAAGAGUUUCUGCUGCACUUCAUUAACAUGGUGGAGAGGAAUUGCCGCUCAGGAGAGAACCCCUCAGAGGCUUUCCGCUUCCUUGUGGAGGAAAGGAUCGUAUGCCAGCAGUCGCAGAAAGCCAAGUACACGCAAAGGGUGGAUUACAUUGUACAGCUGCCCGUUCCCAUGGACCAGGCUACCAACAAAGAGGAGCUACAGGAGGCAGAGCGUGUGCGGGAAGCAGCAGAGGCAGCCGGAGCCCCGACGCCCCCUGCUCCCCGUGCCUGCAUCCCAUUCACUGCCUGUCUGGCAGCACUAAGUGAACCCGAGACUCUGACUGACUUCUGGAGCUCCGCUGUUCAGUCAAAGACCACUGCUACCAAAACCACUCGAUUUGCUUCCUUCCCUGAUUAUCUCAUCAUUCAAAUCAAGAAGUUUACUUUUGGCUUGGAUUGGGUCCCCAAAAAACUGGAUGUCAGUAUCGAUGUUCCUGACACACUGGAUCUCAGCGCGCUCUGCGGGACAGGGCAGCAGCCAGGGGAGGAGCUACUUCCAGAGGUGGCUCCACCCCCUCUUAUAACCCCUGACGUGGAGGUCAAAGGUAUCCUGGGUUCCCACGGCAACGAGGAAGACGACUCGCUCUACUCCCCACUGCUGUCCCCAGUACUAGAUGACUCCACCGUCUCCCAGCUCUGUGAGAUGGGCUUCCCACUGGAGGCCUGCAGGAAGGCCGUUUACUAUACUGGGAACACUGGGAUUGAUGCUGCCAUGAACUGGGUUAUGGGGCACAUGGAUGACCCAGAUUUCUCUGCUCCCCUGGUAUUACCAGCUUGCAGUUCUGCCCCUGGAAGCACACCAACAGAAACUAUAUCUGAAGAACACCUAGCAACCAUUGUUUCCAUGGGCUUCAGUCGAGAUCAGGCAACACGUGCACUACGGGCAACGAGCAAUGUUUUGGAGCGGGCAGUGGACUGGAUCUUCUCCCACUUGGAUGACCUGGAGUCUAUGGAGGUGUCAGAGGGAGGACGUUCGGCUGGGGAAAGCGAAGGGAGCCGGGAGCCCCCUCCAGGACCUCGUGUCAGAGAUGGGCCUGGAAAGUAUGAGCUGUUUGCCUUCAUCAGUCACAUGGGUACUAGUACAAUGUGUGGCCAUUACGUCUGCCACAUCAAAAAGGAUCAGCAGUGGGUUAUUUUUAAUGACCAGAAAGUAUGCGCCUCAGAGAAACCACCUAAAGACCUGGGCUACCUGUACUUCUACAGGAGAGUGUCUGAGUGAGGGGAGGCCAAAGGGGGGUGGGGGGGGGUGCGUCAUUCACACACUGAGCUUCUGUCAGACACUGAUGUAACUGGGGCGGCUGGGGGAAGGGCUGUUAACACUUUUCACGCACUUCUAGACAUGCACAUGUACUCAAAUGAGUAGCAUGGGGUGAGCAGCGCAGUAAAGGCAAGCACCCAUACACAAAGGUUUCUCCAGACAGGAGAGGUUGAAGAAGCUGUGAAGGAGCACUGAACCUCCCUCUCUGAGGGCAGACCCUGUGUGCAGAGAGUGCUUGUUGCUCCAUGUGUGCCCUUCUGCCCUCUGUCCCUAUUGGCUUGUGGCUUCUGUGAUGUUACCGCUUCUUCUGCCCCAGCGCCUUCCUGCUCUCCCUCCCAUUGAAGACCACAUUUUAACAAACCACAAACAAAACAUACACAGUUUGUGCAAAAACGGCAAAUCGAAUGAGUUUAAGUGCUUAGACUCUCACAAAAACAAUUUAAACACAAGGAAACUGGGUCUUCUUUCAGCAUGGAGGUGUAAAGCCAUGGUGACCAUGGGGGAAAAAGUUUUGUGCAGUUUUCUUUUUCCUUCUGCUCUGACAAAUAAAGUUGUGUGUUUCUGCC